GGCCCACUCUUCGCACCCAGUCGCGCCCACGAUCGCUCCCACAGCGAGAAGACGGAGGGGUUCGUCCAGAGCGGGCGUCAGUGGACGGAGGUCAUCUCCUGGGAGCCCAGAGCUUUCGUCUACCAUAAUUUCUUGUAAGCGUACAAGUGGUUUUGACAUGGCUCCUCUUGGUGUGUCUGAUACUGCCAUUGCAGGGUCACUGCCUGUUGUUCCACAACUUGUGACAGGAACUUUACCAACCAUGUUACCUGUUGCAACCCAUCAGAUUGGAUCAAUUGCACUUAUGCCAGCACAAGCGGUGACUCAACAGGCAACAAGGCAUGCACGCCGUGUAUAUGUUGGAGGCCUACCUCCCAUGGCAAAUGAGCAGACAAUUGCUACAUUUUUUAGCCAUGUAAUGUCUGCCAUAGGAGGAAAUGCUGCAGGUCCAGGUGAUGCUGUUGUCAAUGUAUACAUAAAUCACGAAAAGAAAUUUGCUUUUGUGGAGAUGAGAUCAGUAGAAGAAGCAAGUAAUGCGAUGGCAUUAGAUGGGAUAAUUUUUGAGGGAGUUCCAGUGAAAGUUCGAAGGCCUACAGACUAUAAUCCUUCCUUGGCUGCAACACUUGGACCCAGUCAACCCAGUCCGCAUCUUAACUUAGCUGCUGUUGGUCUUUUACCCAGUGCAAUUGGCGGAUCGGAGGGACCCGAUCGUGUCUUUGUGGGUGGGCUGCCAUACUAUUUCACAGAUGCACAAAUAAGGGAGCUCCUAGAAUCGUUUGGACCCCUGCGUGGAUUUGAUCUUGUAAAAGAUAGAGACACAGGAAACUCAAAAGGUUAUGGUUUUUGUGUCUAUCAGGAUCCAUCAGUGACUGACAUUGCAUGUGCUGCACUUAAUGGCCUCAAAAUGGGUGAAAAGACACUAACAGUCCGACGUGCCACUGCCAGCAUGGGACAGAUGAAACCAGAGCAGGAGUUGAUCUUACAGCAGGCACAUGAACACAUAGCUAUUCAGAAACUAGCUUUGCAAAGUGGUGGUGCCUCGCAUUUUCAGGGGUUUGCUUUGAAUGCCAUCAUAUCUGCAGAACCGCCAACCAAAGUUGUAUGCUUAACAGAGGUUGUUUCUGUGGAUGAACUGAGAGAUGAGGAGGUGUACAAAGAAAUACUAGAGGACAUGAGAGAAGAAAGUGAGAAGUUUGGUUCUUUGAUAAAUCUUGUCAUACCUCGCCCUGGUCCAACUGGAGAAGCGAUUUCUGGAGUCGGAAAGGUCUUUUUGGAGUAUGCAAAUGUCACGGACUCGGCUAGAGCUAAAGUUUCCCUCCAUGGUAGAAGGUUUGGGGAAAAUGUUGUCAGUGCUACGUAUUAUUCCGAAGAAAAAUUCGCCACAGGAGAUUACGACGCAAUGGUUGUGGCUUGACCAGGAUUUUUGCUGCCUUCUUUCUUGUCUUUGUUCCAUCUUUCCGCUGCUCAGCAACCAUGUGUCUUUCUAAACGUUAACUUCUUGCCUGUAACACCCGUCCAUUUAUUAUUCACUAUGCUUGAUGCUCAUAAUCAGUGUGAGUUGUCGAUCAUAAUCAUCGGGUGCAUUCCAGAGCCACUCUGUAUUUUAUAUGCCAGCUGAUUUGUUCUUUUC